AUGAGAUUCACAAUUAUAUUUAUUCAAACCUUUUUAAUUACAUCUUCAAUUGCAAUGCAACCACCUUCUUUUGGUGGUGAAGCUAAAGUUUAUGCAAUAAUACAAGAGAGACAAAAACAAAAUCUAGGUAAUCCAGGUGAUGAUAAUGGUCAUACUUUUGCUGGUGGAGAUCCUCCUGGUAUUAGAACAUUGGCUCAAAGUCAAGACUCAAUUGCAUCAACAAUUAACUCGACAAACAGUGUUAGUGCUCAAUCUUCAUCUUCGCAUAAUUUUGGUGCUGAGAGUUAUCAAUUGCCUACUUGGUUGAACGUUUGCAUAUUAAUUGCGUUAGCUUUGGUGUAA